AUGGACUCCCUAGACUUUACCAAGGCUCCCGCAUCUUUUCAGGAGGUCAAAUGGAUUUCCGACACACUGUUAUUCACUAUGGCAGCGGGCUGGUUGACGUGCUAUAUCGCCACCAUCCGUACCGCUCGCCGCGAUGAGGCCUGCUGGAUACCGAUCGUCCCUGUCUCCUGUAACCUCGCUUGGGAGCUUGUUUACGCCAUUCUCUACCCUCCACCACGCUUUCCGAUAGUCACGGCUUGGUUUGCGCUGAAUCUGGCCGUCGUAUCCACCGCUCUCAAAUACAGCCCGGAUUCACAGGGCAGUUCUCCUCUGCGCGGAUAUCGGUUGCAUCUCGGCUUCAUCGGUGUUACGGCUCUUUGGGCUGCUGGACACGUCUGCCUCGCCAACGCUGUGGGCCCGCUGACGGCAUUCUACUAUGGCGGGCUGGCGUGUCAGAUUAUGACGAGUGCGACAGCCCUGUGCGGGCUGAUGAGAUCGAGGCAAUCGAAGGGCGCGAGUUGGCUCAUCUGGGUAUCUCGGGUUGUGGGAACAAGUAGUGCCCUCGCGGGAGUCUUCUUCCGGGCACACUAUUGGCCGGAACUGUGGGCAUGGACGCUGAACCCAUUGUUCUACUGGGCAAUAGCGGCGUUUGCUACCUUUGAUGGGGCGUAUGCCUUCUGUUUCUUGUCUGUCAGACAGGCCGAAGCAAGGGAUGGUCUGAAGAAUUUGUAA